AUGAUGUCUCAACAGAUGAGUUCUAUUGAUGUUGUGAUGCGGCAUAACCCGCCAACAUAUUCUGGUUCCGUAGAGCCUGGAGUUCUUGAGUUCUGGGUUGAGAAGAUGGAAAAGAUAUUUCGUGUUGUUCAGGUUCCACCAGAUCAACGAACCAAUAUUGGGGCUUAUUUCUUGAAAGGUCUAGCAAAUUGGUGGUGGUUAGGUAAGGAAGCUGCGGAAGUGGAUCAAGUGGAUAUGACUUGGGAUGAGUUCAAAGAAAAAUUAAAAGCUAGGUUUAUACCGUCACAUGUUCGAAAAGAAAAGAAGCAAGAGCUGCUGGACUUGAAACAGGGUUCGAUGUCAGUCGAGGACUAUUUUGUAAAGUUCAAUGAGCUGGAGAUGUAUGUUCCUGACUACUUUUCCUGUGAGCAAGAUAGAGUUGAUCAUUUUGUAGAUGGGUUGCAGCAGAGGAUUCAAGAAGUUUUAGCUGUGUUGGAUAUUAGUUCGUUGUAUGAGGCUUACGAGCGUGCUGUUCGAUUUUAUCAAAAGCAGGAAGUCAGGUUAUGGCCAAGUGUGGUAACUGCAAGGGAGUUUCCAGAACCGAGAUUUAGGCCAUGGCAGCAUCCGUCUUCGCAGUCACAGGGGAGAGGAUUAGGACCAUCAUGGCGAGGUGGUCGAAGUCAGUCACGUUCAUCAUCUAGGCAGCCAGCUCUUGUGUUAUUUGAGUCGGGUGCAACGUUCUCAUUCAUAUCUAAACAUUUGGUUAAAAGAUUGGGUCUUAAUUCAUCGGUAGAAGUGGUAGUAGAAGUUUUACUUCCAUCAGGAGAAGUACUGAAGUGCCGAGAACUUUAUAUGCAAAUUCCGGUUAGUAUUGGGGGAGUUGAUUUUGCUACUAGUUUGUUGAGUAUGAAGUUAUCCAAGUUCGAUGUGGUUGGGGGGAUGGAUUGGUUAAUGGCAUAUCAAGCUCAAUUUGAUUGUCGAAAAAGAUCAAUUUCGUUGGUUGGAGCGAUGGGUGAACAAAUGAACUAUGCAGGAUCUGCAAGACAACCUUCUAUGAAGGUAAUUUCAUCCCCGUCAUGUCAUUCAUUUAUUCGUAAGGAGUAUCCAGUGUAUCUGUGUGAAGUAAGAGAUUUUAAGAAAGGGGAGCGGCGAUUGCAAAAUAUUCCUGUGGUUCGAGAUUUUUCUGAUGUAUUUCCUGAUGAUAUUCCUGGUAUGCCACCAGCUCGUGAGGUGGAUUUUACUAUUGAUAUUGUGUCAGGCGCCGAGCCAGAAUUACUGGAUAAAGGUUACAUUCGUCCUAGUACAUCGCCUUGGGGAGCUCAAAACAAAUAUCCUCUUCCGAGGAUUGAUGAUCUAUAUGAUCAACUGAGAGGUGCAAGUAUAUUCUCCAAGAUUGACUUGAGGUCUGGAUAUUAUCAACUAAGGAUUGCAGAGCAUGAUAUUCCUAAGAUAGCUUUUCGUACUACAUACGGUCAUUAUGAAUUUACGGUUAUGUCAUUUGGGUUGACCAACGCCCCGGCUGCGUUUAUGGAAUUGAUGAAUCAAAUUUUUCAACCAUACCUCGAUCAAUUUGUGGUGAUAUUUAUCGAUGAUAUCUUGGUAUAUUCUUCAGAUAAAAAGAAACAUGCAAAACAUUUGCGUGUGACACUAAAUACACUGUGUGCGAGGAAGUUAUAUGCCAAGUUAUCCAAAUGUGAGUUUUGGUUGAAAAAUGUUGCUUUCUUGGGGCAUGUAGUUUCUAGUAAGGGUAUCUCAGUAGAUCCUUAUAAAAUUGCGGCAAUCUCGGAUUGGACAAGACUUACCAAUCAAUCAGAAGUAAGAAGCUUUUUGGGUUUGGCAGGGUAUUACCGAAAAUUCGUUCUUGAUUUUUCAAAGAUUGCGAAACCAUUAACUAAUUUGUUGAAGGACACAAUGAUUAAUUGGGAUCGUGAGUGUGAGUCCUCUUUCGUAGAAUUGAAACAUCGAUUAACUUCAGCCCCAAUCUUGGCUUUACCAGUAGAGGGUGAGGAUUUUGAAGUUUAUAGUGAUGCUUUGAAAAAGGGAUUGGGAUGCGUCUUAAUGCAGAGUCAAAGAGUUAUUGCUUAUGCGUCACGACAACUAAAACCUCAUGAAGAGAAUUAUCCUACACAUGACUUGGAGAUGGCAACAGUUGUGUUUUCUUUGACAUAUUUCACAUUAGUUUUAAAAGUGGAUUUAAUACUAGAUUGCUUUUAA